CUCUUCUCUCCGAAAAGGCAAAAUAAAAAAAAAGUAGAAAAAUUCUGAUGCUUCACUUCCGUUGUCUGGAAUCCGGAUAAUGUGAGCGGUCGGCCAAAAACCGUAGCUACGAAGACAAAUGUUGGCGAAGCUCCAACGUAUAGAUACCAACUGCAUCCACAUACCGAGUUCCACAAAGACCUCCACCAGCUCGGUGGUAUCUGUGUCUCAACCACCAAACAAACCUCAACCCAUCAAGAAACUUCCCAAUGGAGGCUUCAAGAAGAGACUCAAAAGAGUUUACAAGAAACCCCAUGAGCCAAAAACCCAUCAAAAGCAUGAUCUGUGUUCGACCCAGAACGGGUUUUCCAAGUACCCAGAUGGAGAAAACAACAGCUGUAGUUCUAGAGUUGAGAAAAAGAGGGGUUCACUGGGUGGAAAUGGUGUGGCGAAGAAGACGCACGCCAAGUGUUCGACGAAAUGGCUACGUUAUGGAGGGUUUAUUCCGGCAAUCUUGGAAGCAUUGGAAACGGUUGCGGAUUUGGAUGAGGCGUUGGGGCCGUGGGAAAAGAGGCUUGGGAACAAGGAACGGACCAUUGUUUUGAAGGAGCAGUCGAGUUGGGAGCGGGCGUUGGAGAUCUUUGAGUGGUUCAAGAGAGAAGGUUGUUAUGAGUUGAAUGUGAUUCACUACAACGUAAUGCUUAGGACACUUGGCAGAGCACGGAAGUGGACCUUGGUUGAGAGUUUGUGGAAUGAGAUGGGGAAGAUGAAUAUUGUGCCGGGAAAUUCUACUUAUGGAACACUUAUUGAUGUUUAUAGCAAAGGUGGGCUCAAGGACGAAGCACUUCGUUGGUUGGAAGUGAUGGCCGAACGAGGGAUGGAACCUGAUGAGGUUACUAUGGGGAUUGUUGUUCAAACACACAAAAAGGCAGGGGAGUUUGAAAAGGCGGAACAAUUCUUCCAAAAAUGGUGUUUGGGUAAAUCUGUAGAAGAUGAUGGUGAAACUAGCAUCCGACCAACAUCUAUUACAAUCAAUGGAGAUGCCAAGAGACAUGUUCCGUUAAGCUCAUACACAUAUAAUAACCUUAUAGAUACUUAUGGCAAGGCCGGAAAACUUAAGGAAGCAUCAGAGACAUUUGCACGGAUGCUAAAAGAUGGGGUUGUUCCAAAUACAGUGACUUUCAAUACGAUGAUUCACAUCUGUGGUAACCAGGGCCAGUUAGAGGAAGUGGCCUCACUAAUACACAAAAUGGAGGAGCUCCAGUGUUCACCUGAUGCUAGAACAUAUAGUAUUCUUAUCGCUAUCCAUUCUAAGUAUGAUGACAUUGAAAUGGCAGCAAAUUAUUUCAAGAAGAUGAAGGAGGCUUCCCUUGAACCAGACCUUGUGGGCUACCGCACCCUUCUGCAUGCAUUUUCAAUAAGGCACAUGGUUGGUGAAGCUGAAGACCUCAUUAAGGAAUUUGAUGAAAGGGGUCUUGAAAUUGAUGAAUUCACCCAAUCAUCAGUGACUAGAAUGUAUAUAGAAGCUGGCAUGCUUGACAAAUCCUGGUUAUGGUUCAACAGGUUUCAUCUCAGGAGGAAUAUGAGUUCUGACUGCUACUCUGCUAACAUAGAUGCGUUUGGAGAGCGUGGACAUGUUCUGGAAGCCCAGAGCAUUUUCAUGAGUUGCCUGGAGGAUAGAACACCCAGUGUCCUUGAGUUCAAUGUGAUGAUCAAAGCUUACGGGAUCAACAAGGAAUAUGCUAAGGCUUGCCAGUUGUUUGAUAGUAUGGAGAAAGGCAAUGUAGUUCCUGACAAAUGUAGCUACAAUACUCUAAUUCAUAUGCUAGCUUGUGCCGAUCUUCCACAUUUGGCAGUGCUCUAUGUGAGAAAAAUGCAGGAGGCAGGAUAUGUAAGCGAUUGCAGCCCAUAUUGUGCUGUGAUCUCAAGCUAUGUGAAAUUAGGUCAGUUAGAAAGAGCAGAGGGAGUAUUUUCCGAAAUGGUUGGAUUAAACGUGCCUCCAGACAUUGUCGUUUACGGUGUAUUGGUUAAUGCAUUUGCUGAUAUUGGAAGUGUUAAACAAGCUCUCAAAUAUGUUAAUGCAAUGAAAGAGGCAUGCAUUACCAUAAACACUGUUAUAUGCAAGUCAUUGAUUAAACUUUAUACUAAAGUAGGAUACUUGAAAGAAGCAGAAGAAACCUACAAAAUGAUUCGAUCAUUUGAGUCGGAUCCUGAUGUAUAUUCGUCUAAUUGCAUGAUAGAUCUCUACAGUGAAAGAUGUAUGGUUAACCAAGCAGAACGUAUUUUUGGGUACCUCAAGAGAAAAGGUCAUGCAAACGAGUUUUCUUAUGCUAUGAUGUUGUGUAUGUAUAAGAAACUUAUGAGGUUUGAAGAAGCUUCUCGGAUUGCACAAAAGAUGAAAGAAUUGGGACUUUUGAGUGAAUUGUUGAGUUAUAAUCAUGUGCUAUGGUUGUAUGCAUCGGCUGGGAGAUACAAUGAGGCAGUGAGGACUUUUAAGGAGAUGAUAGAAUGUUCCAUUCAGCCAGAUGAUUAUACAUUUAAACCACUGGGAGUUGUUCUAACCAAAUGUGGAGUUCCAGAGCAGGCUGUUAGCAAUCUGGAAAUAACAAGGAGGAAAAAUGCGCUGAGUGGGCUGCAGGCAUGGGUAUCAACAGUCAACGCUUUCUUAUGUGGUAUGUUUUGAUAGCAAUGAAGUUGAUGAUGAUGAUCAACUCUUGUGAUCUUGGACAAGCUUUUUGAGUUUAAACACUCUGGAGUUGAAGUGACAUCUCAAGCAAUGACAUGAUUUUGCUGGAAAAGCCCUCCUAUUACCCGUCUGAGUUGCCCAUUCAUGCAAGCAGGAAACAAUGUUAAUAUUCCGAAAUUUUGUGACUAAAGUCAAGUAAAAGGUUGAUCAUUGCAAGUAAAAAUUGCUUCCCGUGGGAAGCAGCCCAAUUUAUGUCAGACAUGUUCUUCCAAGUAUGCCCCUUUUCUUUAUGGCUCAUGAUCCUCCUAAUCACCUACUUCAGCUUAUAGAAUGCAUUGCUAAGUUUCUUAGGGAAUGGAAAGUCCUUCACGAAAAUGACACAUCGCAAAAAUUGGGGUCUUGUGUUAUCCAGUUGGAAGAAGGGGAUCUUGGUGGUCCUCAUGUUUACCAGGAGCUGAAACAUUUUAGUAUUAAAUUGUGGUGGUCUUUCAGAGACAGAGAACUGUAUCUGGCCCAAGUUUAUGUGAGCUAAAUAUUGUCAGCUUUCUCAUCUUUGUCAAGUGCAGAUGAGAAUAUCAACCCCUUUCUGUUGAGACCUAAAUCUGGAGCUGUGUAUUCUCAUGUAUUAGAGUUUUGUUUGGUGCUAGCAAUUUCUAGCUUUGCUUGCUAUUUCUUUAUACAUGUGGUAGCUGUUUAAGUUGGAUUUGUCUGGAUUUGCAGGGUUUUUUCUUAGGGAACCUGUAGGUGGCUAUCAUUCUAUGACUAUUAAUUCACCAGGGAAAAAAGGAAAGAAUGAGAGAAUGCUCUCAGUUUGUGGCUAACAGAAGGAGCAGAGACUUUGCCAUUUUGGAAGCGGUGAUUGUAACUGAUAAACUUAAGCCGCUGCAACUGCAAAAUAGGAGAGUUGGGAAUGAUGAUAACCACCUACAAUGGAUUUUCUUGCUGAUUGUAAAUUGAGUGCAAUCUUUGGCAUGCAUUCAACCGAAGAAGAAUUGCUGUCCCAUGGUCCUGUCCUGAUCUUUUCCUCUACAAAUGUCGAAAAACAGUCCCGUCUUACUUUGUUGAUGUCUUAUAGUUGGUCUCAAUGUGUCCACAGGUUAUUGUUGGCAAAUUUUUGACUGGGCGCAACAAGUAAUGCUUCUGUCUCCAAGUUCCCACCACAGUUGGUGCAGCAUCAGUUUCUGGUGUUGACUUCCAAUCUGCAGUUGAUUCUUCUGCAAGAAUCCCAGUCAGAGGCAGUGAGGAUCAGUGGUGGAAGUCCAUUCAUGAUUCAACCUCGUGAAUCGUGAUGUGCAGGUAAUGACUUCACGGGCAACUGACUGGAGUGGAUUAGAUGCAAGAAGUACGCCAGUAAUGAAUGACAUGUACUUACUUCAUGGGUGGGGUUAAUUUGCAAAACUUAUCCUUGAAGUCCGGCCUAUAAUGUAGGCAUACCCCAUUAUAGGACGCAUGACUAUUUUAUAUAGAAAAUGUAUAAACUAAGGCUGUGUUUGGCUCAACGAUUGUGGAUAUGGAAAAGUUGGAAGAUCUGACAAUCGUGGGUUAAAUCUUCUAUUUCUUAUUCCUUUGCCCUUGCCAUAUCCUUGAUCCAAGAUUCCAAAUACAGCACUAUUGACUGUGUGUACCUCUUCAUUGGUAGUGCACACCACCUCUGCUAUAUCCCUGAUGUAAAAUGGAAUAUAUUUUGUGGGUUUGGAGUCAGUUUCAGCAUGGGUUUGGGCGUGUUAUGGCCUGUGGCCUGUGGGCUUUGGGUUGGGUGGUCGUCUGUAUGCGUGCGUGCAUGCGCUGGCGCGAGAGAGACUGAGCGGGGUUCUCUUUUGCAGGAAGGUUGGGUCAUGGAGCUCAUCAAUCUCCUGAACAUGGUGCCUAUGAACGGAUUCAAGAUGAGAACAGAGUUAAUGGCUUUGAAGAAAAUUCCAGUAGUGUCCAGAGUUUGUCAUUGUGUUUCCUUCCUGAGAGCUGGUAGGCUUACAGCAGUGCUUUGUCUGGAGCUAAAUCUUAAUGUGCGGGAGCGCUGGCACGAAAGCGUCUUACAAAUACAUCUCAAACUACUAAAAUUCGCGAGAGCGAAUAUUGAGAGCGCGAGCAUUGUGCGAGGAUUGAAAGCGAGAGCGCAUGACUUUUUACAGGAUUAUGUGACUAACGUCUGGAGUACGUGUUUGAUGUCUGUAUAUCUUUGUAUCUUGUUUUUGUGUGGCUUUGGCUGUGAAUUCUCUUAUCCCAUUGUCUUCUCUAGUACCAGUUUGAAUUCUCU